AUGGGCGGAGUCACUGCGAGGUGGCCGGCUAUUUGGGCACGCGAAGUCACCCUAUGCUUCAAACAAUCCGGUUCGUCUAAAAUGCGACAGAGCGCCGACUCUGCCUUAACGCCUGCCCCCUUUGGCUUGAGAUGCCCACUGUCCACACCCGCUUUCCGCCCUCUCUGGGCUUGGGGCUUUUUCGUCCCUUUGGCCGGCUAG